AUGGAUAUCACCGCCUUCACCGUCGGUAACCGCGAUGCUGCCCUGCUCAUCGCCGACUACAACGCAUACCGCAAGCAACUCUCGCGACAAUUGCUCGCUCUGCGCAAGCGUUUGGGCCGCUCCACCAACAAGGGCCAGAAAUACUCGAACAAGUCCACUGUCACCGCCCAAGAUGUCGCCCAGAACCCCCAAACUGCCCGUCUCUUGCUCCUCAGUUGCGAACGCGCCUGGGCCCAUGCCAUGCACAUCAAGUCCAUCCACUCCGAGGACAAUCGGGGAAACGGCAUCACUGGAACUACUCGUUCCCACAUCAUCUCACGCUUCCACAAGGCCGCCCGUCUCGCUCAAAACCUGACCGACAUCUUGAAAGACCCAGAAGCCUCAAAAACAACCACCCAGGACCUGCUCGAAGCUGAAGCCUACCGAGCCUCCCUCUCCGGCGCCGAACACUUCGAGAAGCAGUCAGAGGGUCGCGUCAACACCGAGAACCCUGCAAGAUGGGAUCUGUGUUUGCGCGAGUAUUCUACUGCCCGUGUCAUCUAUGCCACCAUGCUCGCUCAAGGAAACAAGGACCUCUUCCGCGAAAUCCUUGCCAGCGCUGUCGAUCCUGCCAUUCGUUAUGCCGCUUACCAGGCUCGUCUUCCACGUUCGAUUCCUGUCUCUACUGUUGCUCUGCGUUACUUCCCCAAAGACAAUUCUACUCUCGUCGACCUGUUACAACAACUUGAUCCUAAUGCUCUCAGUGAGACCACUACCGAAACCACUCCCCAAAACUUGGGCACAACCAACAUCCCCAACACCAUCAACUGGCGAUCUAUGACUGCCAACAUUGUAGACGCUUCAAUCGGCCAAGCUCUUGCUGCUGUCGCAUCUGCCGAACCCGAACUAAGCUCAUACCUGAAGUCGAAUCCAUCUGCUCCAACUAGAGACCGUGCUGGUGCCUACGAUGAUGUCCUUAUUGCUAGCCAGGAUGCCGCAGAUGCCACUAGAAGAGCCAUCGAGGAGUUGGAGAAAGAGAAGGUAGACGAGGGCGACAACAGAAUGCAAGAUUUGCGCGUCACCAGUCUUGCUGUCAACUACGCCCUUGUCAGCUGGCGUGUUGGUAGAAACCGUGUUCUGAUUGGAUCUGAAGAUGGCAGACUGUUUGAGGAAAAGAAGGCCAAGUCCAGCAAACGCGCUCGUGAUCAACACAAGUCAGAGCCCAGAGGAAGUCAGCUUGCUCGUCUGCGCGAAAGAGUGGUGCUCUACGACUCGACCAUUCAAAGCAUUGACUCGAUCAAGGAGCUAAGAGGUGCGAUGAGAGACGAAAGCUUUGUGCGCGAAGUGGAUGGUAAACGUGCCUACUUCCAGGCUCUGAGAUGCCUCAACAUUGCCAUUUCACAUGCUCUCUUGUCUGAACAUGUGAACGCUCUUGCUCUGCUGGCGCGCGCACUGGAGCUCGCACAGCAAUGCUCGAGCUCAUUACCAUCGACUUCAUCCGACUCUCACUCUGCGCCUACUCUCGACAUCCACAAGUCUCAAGCCGAUGCGCUUCAAAAUCAACUUCAGCAACUCGUGUACAGACACCAAGCACUGGUGGAUCUGCACAAGUUCCAUGACAAUGCAUCCAUCGCCGCAGCCAAGCACAUGUCGACUGCUGCCCCUCUUGUCCAGCGUCUUAGCGACUUCCCCACACCGGGCGUCAAUGUCAACCUCAAGAAUCUGGUCACAUAUCCUCCCAAGAUUGAACCGAUUCCUGUAAAACCGUUGUUCUUCGAUGUGGCAUGGAACUACAUCGACUACCCGACAAUGGGCAAGCAAGUGGUCGAAGCAAAGGCAGCGGUAAACAACGUGAUAGCCGAAGAGAAGCCCAAGGAAGAAAAGAAGAAGGGCUGGUUCGGAUUUGGACGAUGA